AACUUUAAUCUUGAGUUAAUUAACACUAAUCUUUUCUAUUUUUCUUCAUCCUCCUUCCUUAGCUCCCCCAUGUAUUGUCCUUCACCUUCUUCAAUUUUGAUUUUCAUGCCCUAGUUCAACUUUCUUCAUGGGCUGUGGCAUUUCCAAGUCAGAGCUAGAAGAGACGGGGCACGGACAUCAAAUACGAUCCCUUCGUCGAAAGAGUAUUAACAUUGAAGAGAAAGAAGAUGAUCAAUCCGAUCAUUCUGUCGCGAGUCGCCCUAGAAAAAGUAUUUCUUCAUUGGCGAGCGACGGCGGGUUCUUGAGGAGGGUUCUUGGUUCGAUUGAGAAGGAACGGGGAGCGGAGAGAGACUUAAUUUUAGAUUCUAGCGAUAAUAAUAAUGUCGGGUUGAAAAGUAUUUCGUGUUCGUCCUCUCUAACAAAGGAAAUUAAUAAUAGCAAUUCCUUCUGCUUCAAGCAAGUCGAAACUACGGAAAAGGAAUGCGCUACGGAGAAAGAAACGACGACGGAAGAGAGCAUUGUCGCUAAUAAUAAUAAUAAAGAAGUGGAGAAACAUGAAGAGAUUAAUUAUGGUCGUAAGGAGGAAUUUAUAAUUAGGCCAAGUAAUUAUAAAGAGGAAGCUAGCAUAAUGUUUGGUCCUGGUUCUCCUAGUUUCAGGGUAUAUUGUGCCCAUGAUGAGUUCAUGGAUACAUCAUUUCAAGAAGAUAUUGGUGAUGAAGAAAGAGAAGAGAUCAAAUCAACAAAAGAAAUUGAGAAGGGAUCAGCGACACGAGCGGUGGUGAAAAGAGGACGGAGAGCGAGACAAUUUAGGAACGCAAUGCACAUGGCCGGUGGAUCGGCACUUGGUCUGAAAAGUGUAUUUGUGCAAAGGGGCGGAUCAGUUUUAGGAAGGAAAAAUAAUAUAGUUAACGGGUUAUGCAGAAGUCACAACCAGACAGCUUCAAUUGAUGAUACAAAUACCUUAAUUCCCAAACCUGCUGUCUAAUCAUAAUUAUCAUUAUUAUGAUAAUUAAUUUAAUUAUUAAGGAAGCAUUUCUUGAGCUUUCUAAUCUUUUUUCCCUCUAAAAUUAUAUGACGUGCUCAGUUUUUUCUCAGGCCUUUUGUACUAAAUAUAUUAUGAUGGUGCAAUUACUGCAAGAGUUUUAUAACUCUCUGCAUAAUUACAAUUUUCAGGACUUAAUGUAAAGCUAAUUGUUAUUUAUAUGUAUGAAUUCUAUUCCUCCUCUCUUUUUUUUC